UUUUUGUGGCCGGCAACAGAGCACAAGCAUCCUUUGUUUGUGUGGUGGCUGUAAAGUGAAUAGAUAUUCCAGGCAAAACUCUAUCGACCUCCCAACAAAGAUAGCAAGAUGGCGGAAACACAAGACGCAGCCAAAAGCGAGGGAGAAACGGCCGCGCCUCCUAGUACCAACGCUACUGCCAAUCCCGAGACCGCAUCAACCCAAGAAGAUGCCGACAACGACAAGACGGCGGAUGUGGAUCCUGCCGAUGACACCAAGAACAAUGACACGGAAGAACAUGUGGAUGACGACGACGACGACACUAGCUCUACUGGAUCCGAAGACUCUGACCUUGCGACUCCUCCUUCGGAAGAUCCGUACUUGGUGCUGGUCAAAGCUACCAAUCACAAAGAGGAGGGCAAUGCUCACUUCAAAGCCAAUGCACUGGACAAGGCAGUCAGGGAAUACCGAAAAGGGACCAAUCUGCUCAAACCGUUCAACAAGAGCAACACGGGAGAUGAACAAGUGAAAGCGCUGCUGGUGACACUGCAGAACAACUUGUCCAUGGUCUUUUUCAAGCAAAACAAGACAAAGGUCAGUCGCGACAUUGCGACCAAGUCGCUCAAGAUUGAUCCCAAAAAUGUCAAGGCUCUCUAUCGAAGAGCUUGUGCGCAUAAAAAGAUGGGAGACUUGGAACUAGCCAGAGAUGACCUCAAAGAAGCACUCAAGCAUGAUGCCAGCAACGCUGCCGUCAAGAAGGAACUCGCGUUGGUCAAAAAGACACUGGUCGAUUACAAGACCAAACAAAAGAAAGCACUGGCAUCGGCAUUUUCGUCUUCUGGAAAGGGCUCUUCUCUCUACGAAGACAAGGAAAAGGAGAAACAGAAAAAGGUAGAGGCAGAAAAGAAAAAGAAAGAACAGGAAGCGAAAGAAUUGGAACAACGCAAACAGCAAUGGGAAGAUGAAUGCGUCAAGCGCAUGGCCAAAGGCGACGAAGCCAUCUCCUUUGACGAUUGGGAAAAGGAGCGGAAAGCAGAAGAAGACGAGCGAAAAAAACAAGAAGAAAAACGACAAAAGGAGGAACGAAAGGCACAACAAGCUGCUAAAAAAGCGGCAGCGGCCGCCAAAAAGGCCGAACAAAGCGACUCGAGUGACGACGAGCUCACAGCCACCGAAUUGGCGUCCUUGCGAGGAUACAAGAAAACUGCAGAUGGUCGAGUCACCAGCUACUUUACCCGAGAGCAAUCGGAGCACGAAAAGAAAAUCAUUGGCAAUAUCGCUCCGCAGCGACUGGAGCAAUCAUCGACCCCUACACUCUUGAACGCUGCUGCCAGUGGCGACAGUGCCGAUAGUAAAAAGAAACGACCCUCGGCAUGGAAUCAAGCCGGAACAUGGGAGGAGAAGGAUACCACCAAGUGGUGUACUGACAAGUUGCGGGACCGAUUGCUUCAAGCGAAAUGCCAAAAGCAACCAUACACGGCAACAAUCUCCAAGGUGGAUAGUUUGACAGGCGAUGCCAGUGUAGCCAUUACCAAUGGAAAGAAACGAUACAUUUUUGAUUAUCACGUCAAGCUCAAAUUGGAAAUUCGAAACGACGAUGAUGACGAGGCCGUUGCGGAGGGUACACUGCACAUCCCGGACAUUUGCAGCACUUCACACGAUGAACUCGAAGUGAACUUUGCUGGUUGGAAAAAGGCUCCGGGCAGUGCUCACCGGGAUGGAGCGGUGCAAUGUCAACAAGGUUUGAUAACUGAAAUCCGAGGCAAAGUACAGCAAUGGGUGGAAGACUUCAAUCAGCACUACUAGCAUUUUGAUAAACUUUUGGUGAGUUUGCUUGACCUGCCUGGCAAGCAAGCAUGAAACCGGUCUCGAAUGCGGGGAAGCAACGGCGUGGUCCGUGAUGAUGAUAGAAGCUGCGAUGGAGGAGGUGAAAAAUGCAAAUAUUCUAGACGGAUAAAAACUAGACCAGGUAGAUCGAAGAGCCGCAAGACCCUGACACGGGAGUCGACCUUUGAAGAUCUCAAAUCCUGGUGCACAAUGGAUCCAGGGUGCCUGCUAAGGAUUAGAUCCACAUUAGUCUACACGAUACCCCCGGCCCGAUUGCAUUUCGAGCUCAGUCGGCAAGCGAUCUUCAAGCUGUCAUCGAUAACCGUGAACCAUUGUUCCCAUUUGUGCUAGCCCUCAAACGUCUAGUAGGAGUUAAAUCCAAGACUCUGGCGUGCAAUUCGAAUAGUUGAGACAGCGCUGACUGGUGGGCAGGACAGCUCAGGCUCUUUGGCAUUGUAUGUUCGGAUCGGUAGCACACCGGGAUGGCAGGCUUGUCUUUGAUCAUAUGAUAUGCGUACUAGUUCAUGUACUCGAGAACAGACGGCUGUAGCGGAGUCUAACAUUAUGGUAUACAUACUGGCGUAGCUAAAUGAUAUCUUCGGUGCCAUGGCCCGUGGUGGAGGAUCCACCACACCCUGUGCUUGGUUCAACCGGAUCUCAUCGAUGGUUCGGAUAUCCUCUGGUACAUCCUUUCCACC